AUGACCACGAGCAUUAUGGAGUUCGGUGAGGUCAUGGCAGAUGUUGGGGCAAACACCUCUGUUGUUGAGAUUAUAAAAAAUGUGUUCAGCAACUUAUCCGCCACUGCCAACCUCACCCCAAGCCCGAAUCCAACCCCACCGGAAAACUUACUGCGAGAUGAUGAUAUCUACAACCAACCUAGUUUCUUGGAUGUGGUUGCUGAACUUGAAGCGGCAUUCCUGGCAACAUUGAAGAACAUGACAACUGCUGACAUACCCGCACCAACUUUUAAUCUCCUAACGCCAACUAGCCAUGACGCUACUCCCGAAGAGGCCCCAAGAAAUGCAACUCCACCUGAAACAACACCACCUCCGCCCGAACCCACAUCUGAACCCCGAGCAGCAACUCUAUCAGCAUCACCCACCACACCACCACCACAAACAACCAAAGGAAACACAGCAGCAGCAGCACUUACCCCAAUUGCAACACUCUUGGAGAAUAUCAUUGAUGACAUAGCUGAUGGUUCACCCCAAUCACUACCAGCAACUGAAUAG